AUGACACCAGACCCACUUCCAGCGUCGUCCUCAGAAGCAGAGCCAUUAGUGGAGGCGCGGGCGCAGAAACAAGCUCCGGGGGAGGACCAGGAUAAUCCCGACUUGGACGGACGAAGCGCGUAUGUCAACAAUCAGUAUAUUUCCAACGAUUCCGACGAGCAAAACGAGCCGCUGUACGAGAUCUUGCAAAAACAAAUGGAACAAGUGCUGGCCUCUAAUGGACCCGAUGUGCCCAUCUAUGCUGAACCCAUCCCUAAGGACGAUAAAGAAAAACAUCAGCGCUUGCAACAAAUGCCAAAUAAAAAUAUUUAUGCCCACAUCAAUGUGGCAGAGACAGAGGACUAUCAAGAAGUAGAGGACACGGAAACGGACGAUGCUACUGGAGAUGACGAAGAUAGUGAACCGAACUAUGGCUAUGCCGAGAAACCCGAGGUGGCAGUCGAAGAUGAAUCAUUGGGCGAAGACAGCUAUCAGCCGCUGCACAUGGUCAAUGCGGCGUUGAUUCCAGCCAAGAUAAUGAGCACCACGCCAGCACCCGUAACGGCAACACAACCAACGGCCUCCGCCAGCUCCACCAUUGUUGUGCCAGUUUCUGUGCGCCAAAGUACCACUCUGCGCAGUCGACCGCUCAAGCGUCGCAGCUCAACCACAACAACCACACCAGUGCCUAAAACUACACGCACGAGAACCACAGUGUCAAAUGCUAAAGCAACCACCGCGCCCGCAACAACAAGGAACCCCGCUCCAUCCAAUGUAUCAACAUCUUUUUCACUUGUAAAGUCCAAGCCCAACUUAAAGCCCAUCUCCUUGUCGCAUGAUCCACUACCGAACCAACAGAAGCGCCACAUUGUAUUCAAGACAAUCUCAACGGGCUCGCAGUUUGUCAACUCACCCAUUGGCGAUCUAAUCAUAAAGUUCUCAAUUGGCUUUGCCAAGCCAACGACUCCAGUAUCCCCUUCUGAAGAAAGUACGGCCGGAAUCCCUGCUAAUGGAAGUCCAACUACCAUGCGAGCAGACAACGUCAGCGAGGCCUUGCGUGCUCUUUCUAGUAAUCUCCUCAAGACCAUAGAACAACAGAAGGCCAAACGCGUUCACAAGGCACCAAGGAAAGUCAAAUAA